GCCACAUGAAUAUUCAUAUAUUCAUAGAUAACUAGAUAUUCAGCCAUAUUACAUACUCACCUGUUGCUGUCCGGUUUAGAAAAGCUACCACGUACGCAGGCGACACUCUUAAGAAUACAAAUACUAAAAAGUAUCAUAACAGCCCUAGGCUUAAAUCGACAAUGUCUGCUCAAGAAACGCGCAUCGCCGACCUAGAAAAGGAAGUUGCAAGAUUGCAAUCAUGCUUAACUGUAAAAGGAGCGCCGAGGAAAGACUGGUCGGAAAAGAUCGAAAACUUCAAGUUUAAUACUAUAGAGGAGGCUUUAGAAGCGAUUAAGCAAGGUGAAUUCGUGGUAGUUUUAGAUAAUGAAGAUCGCGAGAACGAGGGUGAUCUCGUAGCGGCUGCAGAACUCAUGACACCUGAGAAAAUGGCCUUCAUGAUCCGUCACACAAGCGGUAUUGUCUGUCUCAGUCUAACGAAACCCGACCAGGAACGCUUGGAGUUGCCAAUUAUGGUUGUGAACAAUACAGAGAAGCACCGAACGGCAUUCACGCACACUGUCGACUACGCUGUUGGGACGACCACCGGUAUUUCGGCUGGUGACAGAUCGGCAACGGUGACCGCGGCAUGCGACUCAUCAAUUAAAGCAUCGGAAUUUAAUCGACCCGGACACAUAUUCCCACUAGUCUCGGUAGAGGGCGGUGUCUUGACCAGAAUGGGACAUACAGAGGCGACGUCGGAUCUAUGCAAGUUAGCCGGACUAAAACCUAUGGGAGUGCUGUGUGAAAUUGUGCUGGAUAACGGGAACAUGGCACGACGAAGUGAUUUGGAAACUUUCAGCCGAGAAUACGGCCUAAAAAUCAUCACCAUCAGUGACCUCAUCGAAUAUCGCAAAACAAACAAUAUUUAGUUAUAUAUCCGAGAUGGCGAGUAGCCAUUUAGCCCAUUAGUUGUGGGUGUGAAGUACUUGGCAGUAUGUAAUGCCAUUGCGCGAUUCUGCCAGACAAAUGCUAUCGGUCGACUUUCCAAUAUACAUGGAUCCAGAAUUAAAUAGUAGCCUCAUGUAUUGUAACAACCCUUGUUACUUCAGCAA